GGAGUUUGGAACCCUUGACAUGCCCUUGGUGGCUUGAACUAUUUAUUUAUUACCAUGCUAAAUGAUGCUACAUUUGGUGGGGGGAAUUUGGUGCUCUGAACCCCCCCUCUUCCCUCCCCAAACAGGUUUUUUUUACCCCUGCCCGAGUUGUUUUUAUACCUGCCCGCCAGAGCGUAUUUCCUAGCGUAUCCAAUCCCAUAAUGAAGCGUACAGCGUAUAUACGCUAGCGUAUAAUACGCUUGCGUAUAAUACGCUGGACGCGUAUUUCUCCACUUAGCUAAUGACAGCAGCAGUGGGCUUUUGAGUCGACUCAAAAGUCUCCCCUUUCGUUGUCAUCUUUCUUCCCCCUAGUCCCUCCCCUUCCAUCCUUCCUUCCAUCUUGCUGUAACCGUGGGGAGUCUAUUUUUGAGGCGCCUCAGAAAUCUACUUCAUUUCCACAACAGUAACUGUGGGCCUUUCCACAUCCACUGGCAUGACAACUGUCUCACCUUAUUCGUACCCCCUUCCUCCUUCCCUUACCCCCUCCCUUCCCUCUUCGUCCCUCACUCCCUCACUAGUAACCGUGGGUCAUUCCACUGUCAUGACAGCUGUCACCUUCUUCGACCAUCCCUCCCCAAACUCUUCAACCCCCAGCUCAGCAUCACCAUUUGAUUUCUCUCUUGACUACCCCUAUGUGGACAAUCUACAAGACAGUCCUGCAGAUUUAGCACCUGAUCAGCAGAGCCCUGACGCGUCUGAGUCUGCAUCCCACGCACACUUUGCCCUCCUCGUGUUCGAAUCCGAGAUCGCCUGUCCAAGUGACGCGUUACUCAUAGCAUCUCGGCUCGACUCGGACAUCCACUCCAACACAUGCCGCAUGGCAUUCCAUGGCCACAUCGUUGCCCCCAUUGAUCCAACCACAAUGAACUCAGGCUCUCAGGCCGUGCGUGUGUUCAAGCUGAAGAGCAGGGAGGGGGUGAUCGACCGGGUGGUUGAUUCCCACUCGCUCAUCGGUCGAGGCCUCUUCAAGAAAGAAACGGACAUCACCAAAUUCGUGGGGCUCAGAGUCACAACCGUGGAAGGAACACAAGGAACGAUCCAGUCGCCGUUUGGCAAGUCGGGGAAAUUCAAGGUUGUGUUCCAAUCCGCACUGCCUAAAGAGGCCAUAGCUGGUGCGCCUCUACAUCUCGUUUUCAAGCGGCUAUUGUUUGAUAAGACAAAGCAAAUGCUACAGUAGGUGACAUGUCACAUGAAUGCUACAGCAUAUAAUUCUACGCCUGCAACUGGCCACCUUGGGAGUUCUGUACCAGUGCUCAUUACAGUAGAAGAGUGAAGGCUACACCACACUGGCAAUUCAGUUUUUCAAGCACCCAUAUUCGGUACCAAUACACUACCAUGGAGAAUGUGGAAUGUGCUGUUAGGGUGAAUAUUUCUGUAUGACCUACAUUCAAACUUUGCAUGCUCUACAGUCCGUAGUGU